GAGGACAUGAUUGGAGGGCGGUGGGAAGGGUGGCCUGGCGAGCUCUUUCUUCCUUGAGGGAAAUGGAACUCUUACUCAGUCUAGGCUGUGGGAGAGGACGGCGGCGGGUGCUUCGGUUUCUGCCACCUCUUCUCUUUCCAGCAGCUUUAUUAGAUGUAACUGACACCCCAAAAGAGAUCACCUGUGUAAAGUGUGCAGUUCAAUGGUUUUGCCCAUAUUCACAGUUGUACAGCCAACACCACAGCUGAUUUUAGGACGUUUUCAUCGCUCUGACCCUGACCCCCUCGUCUGCCCCCGGCAGCCACGGAGCUACUUUCCGUCUCUGUGGAUUUGCCAGUCCACGUACAUGGAGUCAGACACCCCCACCGCCCCGAGGUCCUGGGCCGCAGUCGCUGGUGAAAUGUCAGAGCGCAUCUUCACUUUCCAUGGAGGAGGUCAUCAAUGCCCGGUCCUGCAUUGCAGAGUUUUCUCUGGAAAAGCAGGAUUGCUGAGGAAACGUCCUCACCACAGCUGUGCUCACACACAUUUUCCUAAAUUCCUCAGACGUGUUCGGAAGAAAACAUGGUUGGUUUCUGUGGUUCAGCCAGGGGGAGCAUUCCCACCGGGUUUGGGUGCCGCUUCUCUUUGGGGGUGUCUCCCUCCCAGCGGGGUCUGAGGGUUUUCUGGUUGUGUGGGGAGAAGUGUAGACCCCACAGAUUCUGAGAGGAGCUAGAGCUCUGUCCUUGGAUGCUCAUAGCCAGUGAGAACAUCGUGGGCCCGAAGCUGGCAGCCAGAGGCCUGGUCCCCCGUGGCCCUGCCGGCUUCUGGCCUUCAGCUUGCUCGGUGUUUGUUAGGGGUCACAACCAAGAGAUUUCACCUAAAGACCCCAAAUCUAGCUUCUCCCAAGUGAUGCGUCUGCCCAUCAGGAUCAGCCAGGGGAGGAGAGGAUGCUGACAGGACCUGAAUACCACAGUCCCUUCCCUCCCCUGCACCAUCGAUUCCCUACUCCUGGUCAACUUCUACCUCCCACCUGGUUCUGUGGGUGGGUCAGGCCAGGUCUGCAGUCCUGUGUCAUUCCCAGAAAUAGAUGCUGGUUGUCCACUGAUCUACAUUUGACCCUUGAACAAGGUGAGGGUUAGGGCAUACCUGAAAAUCCAUAUAUAACUUUUGACUUCCCAAACACUUAACUGCCAAUAGUCUGCUGUUGACCAGAAGCCUUACUGAUCACAUAAACAGUUGAUUAACCUGUGUUGUGUAUGUUAUAUAUAUCAUGUACUGUGUUCUUACAAUAAAGUGAGUUAGGGAAAAAGUGUUAGGAAAAUUUUACGGAAGAGAAAAUGCAUUUACAAUAUUUUACUGUAUUUAUAAAGAAAAUGCUCCUUAAAGUGGACCCAUGCAGGUCAAACCUGUAUUGUUCAAGGUUCAGCUGUAUUUUGGAUUUUUAGUUGUCUUAAGAAGAGGAGCAAUCCUGGCACCUAGGCCUCCCAAAUGUGGAAGGAAGUCUGGGAUACACCCAAAUCUGGCAUGGUAUCCCAUGCAUCGAGUAUACGUUGUUGGAAUGAAGUUAGUAACAUUUUAAAAUUUUUAUCUUUGAAAGUGAGAUUGUCCUGUAACUUUUCUUUAUCCUAAUUGUGACUGAUUUAUUUUUUUUAAUCCUGGUAAUAGCCAUCUUACAAAAUGAGUUGUCACUUCCAACAUUUUAUGUUAAUUUUUAUCUGUACACAUACAAGACUCUGCUGAUACUUAACAAGCAGAUUGCUUGGAAACCUGUGUGGACUCUGGGUAUGGAGGGUGGGACUGAGGAGCUCAUCCAUGUUGGGGUCUGGAUGCCCCAUGGCUUGCUUCUCAUUGUCUGUCUGUAGUCAUGUCUGUCUGUCCUGUGCAGGGCUGAGAUCCCAGAGCAUCCUGCCAUCCCUGGUGUCUCUCCCUUGCAGCUGCAGUUACGUGAACUUGCCCUCCACGACAGGUGCCCUAUCCCUGGAUAGUCACAUUUCCCAGUGUAGGUUUGGAAAGAUGUUGCCGCUGGAGAAGGCGUUUGCCAACCCCAGGAGCUCCCCAGCUCCCCCAGAACUGCCCAUGCUAGGAUCAGCAGCUGAGGACCAGCAAGAGGACUCCAGGAGUGGCCUUGGGGAGGUCCCUGCCAACCUUGAGUCCUCCCGCCUGCAUUUCCGGAACUUCAUCUACCAGGAAGCUGCAGGGCCCCACCAGGCCCUGGACCAGCUGUAUGAGCUGUGCCGCCAGUGGCUGCGCCCUGAGGCACACUCCAAGGAGCAGAUGCUGGAACUGCUGGUGCUGGAGCAGUUCCUGAGCGCCCUGCCGGACAAAGUACGGUCCUCAGUGGUGGCACAGCAUCCUGAGAACUGCCAGAAGGCAGCCUCCCUGGUGAAGGACCUUGCCGAUGCCCUAGAGGAGCCAGAUGGGUCCGUGAAGACUGGGGAAGACGUGGAGCCCAGUGAGACCCAGGCCGCCCCCAACAUCUCCUGUCCUGCUCCAGACCCUGUGCUUCUGGAACAAGGGUGUGCCGGGGACAAGAAACCCGAACAGCCCAAGCCUGCUAAGGCUGAGCCAAAGAAGUUGACAUUUCCGGAGAUGCCUCUGUACCUGGGGGAAUGGGGCCACCUGGACCCGGCAGAGGAGAACCUGAAGACCUUCCGGAAACUGCUCCUGUGGGGGUACCAGCUCGCCCAGCCUGAUGACACCUGCAGGCUGGAGACAGAAGAGCUUCGGUUGGUUGAAGCUGAACCGCCGGAAGGCAGCUUCUCAGGGGAUAGGAGGUGGCAGGAAAGUAAAGAGAGCAUGUGCGAAACGCUGAUGGAGAGGAUCACAAGGGAAAUUCUCGUUUGCCCCUUGACGGGUGCUGCUCCGGAGGAGGAAGAGCAGCCGCAGAAGGUUCUGGAACCUCAGGAGAGGGAACCAAGCCCUGUCCCCAGAGCCCAGAGGCAGUCAGUCAUCCGGGAGCCAGCCCAGGACAGGGGCACAGCAGGGGAGAGCCCUACUGUGCCUGUAGCUCCAGCUGCCCCACGCCAAGGCCUUGGAAGAAAAAGGCCCCACUCGAAGGAUGUGGGCGGGCAGGGCCCUGAGCCUGUCUCCAGCAUGAGCCACCCCCAGCAGCGCCAUGUGAAGGAGCCCGCUGCAUCUGGCCUCGGCGCAGGGUCCCUGGGCGCGAGUUGCUCUGCUGCCGAUGAGCCUGGGCUGUCCCGAGGGAAGCCCUACGCGUGCAGCGAGUGUGGGGAGACCUUUGCGUGGAUCUCACAUUUCAUUGACCAUCUCCGAAGCCACAGCGGCAGGAAGCUGUACGCGUGCCAGGGCUGCUGGAAGACCUUCCACUUCAGCCUGGCCCUGGCCGAGCAUCAGAAGACCCAUGAGAAGGAGAAAGGCUACGCGCUGGGGUGGGCCCUGGGACCCCACCCUGCUGCGUGUGGUGCCCACGCUGGCGGGAGGCUCCGUGGGCUCCCGGGGUGUGUGGCAGGUGACAUUUUCCCUGUGCAGCCUGAGGCUCAGCGAUGAGCUGCUUUGCUGUAGGGUCCCUAGAGGGGGACUUGCCCCCCAGGUUUGUGUCCCUAGAGACAGCCUUGCCUGCCCAGGUUUAUGUCCCUAGAGGGCAAUCUUGCCUGCCAGAUUUCCCUAGCGAUGUAUCCGCUGCUUUGAAACCCUUGCGUGGCUUCCUGCAGUAUCUGUGUGGAUGUAAGUCUGUCUGUUCUCUAAAUGAGCUAAUGUGGCUAAAGCACUUAGAACCCAGAAGGGCCCACGGGAAGCCCUUGUCUCCUUGUAAACACACCCAUGCAGAUGCCCAUGUGCAAGCACGAGCUAUCUGGUGUGAAAGAAUAUUCCCCUUUCUUCCGUAGCCAUUUUAGCACCACCCACACAUUGGAACAUUUGUCAUUGUGCAAAGUGUAGAGUUGCCUUAAAGUGUGUGAUCCGCCGGCUCUUGCUGAAGUCAGCUUUGUCUCUGUUCCCCUUGUUCAAGCUCCCCAGGGCUUCUGCUCAAGCUGUUUGGUCUUUUCGUAAACACCUGAUAUCAAGUUCACUUCUGAACCCUCAAUAGCAAAUUGUUUCCUAGUUAAGCACGUGUCUACAUGUGUGGAGUGGCUUUACAAAGAUCACAAAAAUGCGUGGAGCCUGGUAACGCUGUGCUUUCAAACCAUGUGUCUCAGCCUACUAGUGAAUUGUGAAACCAAAUUAGCGGACGGUCGCCAGCAUUGCAAAUCAGUAGAAUUAAGUAAAAAUUCGUCGUGUAGUAAAGGCAAAUAUUGUUUUGUGAAACUUUUCAGCUAUAUAUCUAAAUAUGAGACCCGGUUGAAUUGUGAAAUCAAAUUAGUGGACGGUCACCAGCAUUGCAAAUCAGUAGAAUUAAGUAAAAAUUCAUCAUCCGGCUGUAAAGGCAAAUACUGUUCUGUGAAAAUUUUCAACUGUAUAUCUAAAUAUGAGACCCGGUUGCAAUGUAAGAUGUAUUUCUUACUCAGGGUGGAGGGUCAUGAUCAAAGCAGGUUGAAAACACUAAUAAGGGUUGAUGAGGUGUGUCUGCCUAGGCAAGUGGAAACUUAAUUCUUUGGGCUACAUAAGGUGAUCUUUUGAUUUUUGCAUUUGAUCUCAGAUUAGAGCAUUGCUUCUGUUGCCUGAGCAUAAACUUAACUGCUUCUUGUAGGUAAACUGGUGCCUCUUUCUGUCAUGGUGUUUGAGCAGACAGUCUGUUGUAAUGAUGCCCGAAUCAUAGAUGCUUAACCUAAUAAAGGAUUUAUUUCUUCACUCACA